CAAGAUUUGUGUUGGGAUUGUAGAAAGCUAUUGAAACAGAAAAGCCCAACAGUUGUUUUUGGUAUUGAUAUUGAGUUGAGUGGCUGCAAUAAUGACAGGAACCAGCUUGCUGCGUGCGUGGGCUGUUUGGAUUUGAGGGGUCAAAAGAAACACUGCACAGGGAGCAGUAGAAGCGGACUUUGAGCUGCAGUGAAUGUUGACCCACUAGUGGUGCUCAGCAUGUUGCAUAAGGCCAGAUAAAUAACCUUAACAUCGCUUCUAUACAUCUAAUAACCUGUCACCGAGUGCAGUUUUUAUUGUCUACUGAGCUAACCAAUGGGUUUCCUUAAAGGGUUGGAUUUUGUUGACCCAGUCCCCUCCCAUAUCUUGUUGUUUGCAUUUAACUAAUAUGAUAUUUUUGCUGCUAUUUAUGAUAUUACUUUAAAUGAUUGUGUUUUCCUCACACAAGAGUGUCGGUUUUAUCUUUAGCCCGCUGUGUCACGGUGGGGUGACUUAAGCAUGACACUUCAUUUCCCCUUUGUUACACAACCUCUGGUUUUCAUAUUCAUCCGAGUGAGCGCACUUCUUGCUAUUUUUUUUUUUUUUUUUUUUUUUAAGUUGAAGGGUUGAGCUCUGUGGAUCUCUCACUUGAACACAACCAAGCACAGAAGACAGGGAGGGAGAGCAAACGCGACAAGUGUCAGUAAUGUUACAUUGAUGAGACAAUAGCCACCUCAGGAAGUACUACCAGGAAACCGGAACAAGGAACUCCCAAUCCUAACAAACCAUAAUGACACUCUUCCUGUGGCUUGGUCUGCUGCUGCUGGCAGCAAGCGCUACCUCGGUGAAGAACUGCCACCCCGGCUGCCACUGCGAGGUGGAAAACUUCGGCCUGUUCGACAGCUUCAGCCUGACAAGAGUUGAUUGCAGAGGGUUGGGUCCCAGCGUCGCCAUGCCGGUCCCCAUCCCGCUGGACACUGCCUAUCUAGACUUGUCCUCCAACGCGAUGGGCCCGCUCAGUGACACCAUGCUAGCAGGUCCUGGGUAUACCACCCUGGUUAGCUUGGACCUGAGUAGCAACCACAUUACAAUGGUAAGCCCCGGUGCUUUGUCCAAGCUGCGUUACCUGGAGACUCUGGAUCUUAGCCACAACCACUUGGAGAGCCUCCCUUCGGGCUGCUUGUUUGGUCUCCCUCUGGCUGAAGUUGAUCUCAGUUACAACAGAUUCCAGGGCUUCGACAUGAACGCCUUUGCUGCCAAAGUUAAAGGCAAGCCCGUCUGCGUGGAUCUGUCGCAUAACAAGCUCAAAUCCAUUUUGGCGAUGCAGCACGGGGAAUUUGUGCAGAUUCAAAGCUUGAAUCUGACGGCAAACCACCUUUCGAGCGUACCGCGACUGGCGGGACUUAAGAUACUGAGGUACCUCAAUCUGGAUGACAACCCUAUCAGCGUCAUCAAGGAGGGGGAUUUUGCUCACCUGAAAGAUCUGGUUUACUUAUCUCUCAGUGGCCUUGCGCAGCUUCAGGAAAUUGAAGCACGUGGUUUGAAGGGCCUCCAGAGCCUCCAGGUCUUGGAUCUGUCCAGCAAUCCCAAUCUGAAGACGCUGAGCCCGGACAUUUUCAGCGGACUCGAUUCGCUGCAAGAGCUGAAGCUAUCCGGCUCCGGGGUGGCUUCCUUACCAAAUAACCUGCUCUCCCAGCUCCCGAGUAUAAAGAGUAUCACACUUGGACACAACAUCCGCUGCUGGAGGACCCACAAACAGGGGCAGUUUCACCGGCAGCUGGGUCACGCGAAACACAACGAGGUUCUGAACUGCAAUGUGGAUGGCUUUGUGUUGUGAUCCUGCCAAAGCGGACCAGCCUUAAUGCCGGCCUUGUGCCUUCAAUCACAUACAGUAAGCGUUAAUGGCAGCACGACUACAACUGUAAAGUUUCACAUUCUUCAUCUUAAGAUACGUUUAUUAAAAGGAAAUCAUUAUUUAUCGGCAUCUGCAAAUGGCUUAAAGUGGCACACAGAUUUAAUCCAUAGCAACGAAUCACCACAUUUCUCUGACGCUUUAUUACCAUGGUGAACCGAACAUAAGAAGACCCCUAUUUUUCAAGACGUUCUGCAUCAUAUGUUCAACAUCAGUCUCUGUUUAGUGGCCGCAUCUCUCCAGGUCACUGGAGUGUGUGAGUGACAGGAAGAAAAGCUCUGACUGCUUUGGGGAAAUGUCGGUUGGUGCCACCUUUUGGUGGUUUGCAUGUGUAAAUCUCUAUAGAUCUCGAUUAUAAGACAUUCUCAGACAUUUUCCCUUGGUAGGAAGCAGCAUCUUAUAUUGUGGUCAAUAUGGUAAUUUGUACAAGGCAUAGUUUUGAUGGAACUAUGUGACUGUUAGCUUAGCAUCAAGGCUAAGGGGCUAACUGUUAGUUUGACUCGGGUUAGAGCCCUCCUGAUACGCUUUACAGUAUUCAGUAAACCUAGCUAAGCUCGCCGGCUAGCUGAAGCAUCUUUGUGCCCUGCAGCAGAAGCUGACGAAGCUGCCAAACGGCUGAUUUCUCCAGUGCUUUGGUUUACUUGUUGGGUUACAGCGACGCCUUGCUUUUAGUUGUAACCAGCUAACCUAAGUGGCUUAAACUCAAGUGUGAAGAACUUUUUACACACCAAAAGAACCAUUUCAGAUUACUUGACUUUACUUCCGAAAGGCCAGCACGUCAUGUCCAUUUUGUGCACUUCAUUUGGAAAAUGUUCUGUUGCGUUGAAAGGGAAACAAACGGCGGGACCAUGGUGACCAAUAGUUCUCUUUCCCAACACGUUUGGCCAAUGAUCUAAAGUAAAGCAUUGCUAUUUGCCAUUACCUUCCAGCGAAUGGCAAAAAAACAAACAAACACAAGUAACACGGUAACUAAUACACCCAUAAAAAUGUCUAUUUUUGACACAACCUCCUGCUAGCUUGACGUUCUCCGAUUUUGGAUCAUUGUUAUCAUUGCAAUUAAAAAGUGACUUGUAAUUAUUAGAUGAAGUUCAGCUCCAAAAUCUCUCUUCCAUUGCCAUUGUUCACUCGCGACGCAAUCCAGGUUUAAGCCCUAAUUUAUUGCCAGGUUUAAGCCCUAAUUUAUUGGCUCACACACUUAUUAAACCCAUUUAACCCAUAUAAAACGUAUAGGUACUCACCACUAAUGAAUGAUGAUGUAAGUUGGUCCAUGAUUAGAUGGAAUGGGAGUCACGCUAGCACGAGAGGCUAGUAAGAUAUAGCCUAAGCCGCAUCGGCAUAAUCCACACUGCUGCCUUACUAUCAUAAUAACUUGUGUUCACCUUUUUGCAAGCGCUGAGGCCGGAUUGACUGUGGAAGCCAGUGCUCACGUUGACAAAUAAACGUUUGCGUCUCACAGCAACUAUGGUGCGCUCAAGGACCAAACAAAAUGCGAAAUCUCAACGCUUGAAGAAAAGUAUAAAAACAAACGUACAAAAUAAUGUGCUAAAACUAGAACAUGUAUGCUGCACAUUUUACCCGUGUUAAUAAAUUAUCACCAUCUUAUGGGGAUGUGUUUUCUGUGGAAAGAGACUAUUUUUAAAAGGUGUUUUAAAUUUUUUUUUAACAAAAUUUAGCAAAUUUGCGGGGGCGUGAAUGGUGAAUAUGCAGGGAUCCACUGUAUGACAACGCAUGCGACCUUUUCCUGUGGACCUGCAGCCUCAAGACUGCGAUGUUUGAAUGUCUACAAAGCAUUGAAGACAUUCACGUCUGUAGUAAUGUGUAAUACGAUUUAUAUAUUUGUAUGGAUGUCAACUAUGCUGUAUGUAUUUUUGAAAAUAAAUCCGCAUGUGUAAUAAACUGACAUGCUCUCAUGUGAAAAGGACUUCCUGG